AUGGAAAGCUCCAGGGACAGCGCCGCAGGGCGCAUCUUCAACGAGAGGCUGGCAAAUAAGAUCCCUGCACCUAUCCCAGAAACAACAACUGCUCCAACUCAGUUGAGUGUCGAUACCGAGGCUGCCGCUCCCAAUGCUUCAAAUCCACCUCCCGCGCUUGCGCGUCCAGACGCUCAGAAAAUAGAGGAGCUCACCUACACUCAGCGCUUCGCCUCGCGAACUCUGCCUGCAUGGAUUCGGUCGGUUGAGGAAACCGACGAUGGGGAUGAAGCUACUGUCACCGAUCGCUUACUUCCCUCCCAGCCCAACGACGCAUUUGUAGCCCAGCACAAUCACUCUCCGUAUGCAUCAUCAUCCAAAUACCAGCCAUCAGAAUCAAUUACCAAUGGUCUGUUCGAGGAUGACGCCUCGCCUGUCAAUCGUGAAUCACGUUGGGUGACAUUUUCACGGACGAUUCAAUACCCCAGAGAACCUGGCAGGGAGCAAGAGCAGGUCACGUCGGAUUGGAUGAACCAAAAUCACGGGGACUAUUUGCAGCCAUGGCGAGGCAAGGAUCUUGAAGGUGAUAGUCCGGAGUAUCCACUACAUAGUGGAGGCCGCAGGGAGAUCUGGAUCAAGCGCUUCCAAAACACCCUGUUGCGAAGUCCGCUAGUCCCAUUAAUCCUCCGAAUGACCGUCUGGUGCUUCUCACUCUCUGCCCUGGCUCUUGGUGGCUCGAUCCAACACCUGGCUAACGAAGGCCACCACCCUCAGGGUCCAUCUGCCUUGAUGGCAAUCAUUGUUGAUGCCGUCGCGCUGGUUUACCUGCUCUACAUCACUUUCGAUGAAUAUACAUCGAAACCACUUGGCCUGCGCUCCCCUUCGGCCAAAGCGCGGCUUCUGCUCCUUGAUAUUUUCUUCAUUGUCUUCGAUGCUGCCAAUCUGAGCCUGGCAUUUGCUUCUCUCUCCGAGGUGACCGGCUCCUGCACCGAGGCGGAAGUGAACCAAGUGGUUGAUCCACGAAAUGACCACAUUUGCGUGCGACAAAAAGCACUUGCCUCUGUGCUAUUAGUUGCUCUUUUGGCUUGGUUAAUGACCUUUUCGAUAAGUGUCCUUAGACUUGUUGAGAGAGUGACGCAGUGA